UUACCAUCACCACCCAUGCCUUCCACUCUCUUUCUCUCCCUCCAAAUUCGCUCUUAUCCUGCAAUUUCAUCAUCCUUAAACCCAAACCAAACCUCUCCCAAAACCUUCAAAAUCAAAAACCCAAAUGUCUCCCUCUCACACCCCAAGGUCCCAGUUAAAAUGCCCACACCUCCAUGGAUAAGGUCCCAUCCCCUUCACCAACCCCACCAAACCAUCGAUCCUUCACAGCCCAAAACGAACAAGAAUGUUGAAAAAGCUGACAGGGCUUUGACAGGUAAAGUGAGCGGUGUUAGAGGCAACAAAGCCAUGAAAAAUAUAGUAAGGAAUGUUGAAAACCUUCAAAAAGAUCAAAUUUUGGAUGAAGCCCGGAAAGAUUUGGGGAAGUUCGAGUUCAGGGGACGUAUUGAAAAGGUUGAUAGUGAGGAGGAGGUGAAGGGUUUUGGCGGGAAAUUGCCUGGGUUGAAGGACGAGAAGUUUGUGUUUAGGAGGAUAAAGAAACUGAGGGUGGUGACUAAAGCUGAGAUGUAUCUUGACAAAGAUUUGCUUGAGAGAUUGAGAAAUGAGGCCAAGAAGAUGAGGAAGUGGGUGAAAGUGAAGAAAGCUGGGGUGACUGAGAGUGUUGUUUAUGAUAUUAGGUUGCGUUGGAGAAACAGUGAGCUCGUUAAGGUGAAGUUUGAUGUUCCUUUGUGUCGAAAUAUGGACAGAGCAAGAGAAAUAGUUGAGUUUAAGACUGGAGGCUUGGUUAUUUGGACUUGGAAAGAUUUCCUUGUUAUUUACAGAGGAGAGAAUUAUAAGUUGACUUCAAGAUCUUCUCUGAAGAUGAAUCAAUACUUUGCUGGUGGUCAAGAAACACCUUCGUCAAAAAUAAGCCGCUUGAAUUUAGGAAAUAAAGUUAAUGUUUCUAGAAUAAACUCUAACACAAUCACCGUGGAUGAAAACAUGUGUGGAAAAGCUGGAGAAGAGGACUCUAUGCUGACUAGCAUUUUUAUGGAAGAAAAUUCUAGAAGUCGAUCAAUAGAUAGGUCACUGUAUGAGAGGGAAGGUGAUAGAUUAUUGGAUGGCUUAGGGCCUCGCUUUAUUGACUGGUGGAUGUGGAAGCCAUUGCCAGUAGAUGCAGACUUGCUCCCAGAAGUGGUUCCUGGAUUCAGGUCUCCGUUUAGGGUUUGUCCACCAGAUGGUAGAUCAAAGUUGACAGAUGAUGAACUGACGUACUUGAGGAAGCUAGCUCACCCUCUACCAACUCAUUUUGUCCUCGGGAGGAACAGGAGACUUCAAGGCUUAGCUGCUGCUAUCUUAAAAUUGUGGGAGAAAAGCCUGAUAGCAAAAAUUGCAGUGAAGUGGGGAAUUCCAAACACCGACAAUGAGCAAAUGGUGGAUGAGCUUAAGAAUGCUGUUUCACUAAUGCGGUGUCUCACGGGAGGAGUUCUGUUGCUACGCAAUAAAUUCUAUAUAAUACUGUAUAGGGGCAAGGACUUUCUGCCUAGUAAUGUUGGAAAUUUGAUAGUUGAGAGAGAUGUGGAGCUCAAAAGAUGCCAACUUCAUGAAGAAGGUGCACGGCUUAAAUCAAUUGAAACUUUCUGUGUGCCUGAUGAACCACUGGAAAGCUCUAGCAAAACUGGAACUUUAUCAGAAUUCCAUGAUAUUCGCACUGAAUUUAGAAAUCUGGAAAAGGGUAACGGAGAGUCUGAACUUCAGUUUGAAGCUGAAAAAGUAAAAUUGGAGAGGGAACUGAAAAAGCAAGAACGCAAGCUUUACAUUCUUAACAUCAAGAUACAGCGGUCAGCAAAAGCGUUAUCAAAGUUCAAUUCUGUGUGGAAACCCAGUGAACAGGAUCCAGACCAAGAAUUGAUUACAGAAGAGGAGAGAGAAUGUCUCCGUAAGAUGGGACUAAAGAUGAAUAGUUGCUUGCUGCUUGGCAGACGUGGGGUCUUUGGUGGGGUCAUGGAAGGCCUGCAUCAGCACUGGAAACACAGAGAAGUUGUGAAGGUGAUUACCAUGCAGAAAUUGUUUGGUCAAGUUAUUUAUACUGCGAAAUCACUGGUUGCAGAAAGUGGUGGAAUUCUUGUUUCAGUGGACAAGAUAAAAGAAGGCCAUGCUGUCAUUAUCUACCGAGGAAAAAACUAUAGACGUCCUUUAAAGUUAAGGACUGACAACCUUCUAACUAAACGAAAAGCAUUACUUAGAUCUCUUGAAAUGCAGAGACUUGGAUCGCUGAAGUUUUUUGCAUAUCAGAGACAGCGGGUAAUCACAGAUUUGAAAGUAAAAUUGCUGAUGAAUUUUGCAGGCAGAGCUGCAAGAAAACAGGGAAAAGAAUCUGAAAUUUAUUUAGCUAAUGGAUGUACCAUGCGCUAGAACCUCUUGAAUUGUCAACUCGUAUGAGAAAGGAUGUUGAUGUGCCAUGUAAGGAAAGUUUCUUGGCUGUCAGUUGCCAUGGUGCAUUACUAACUGGCAUGGCCUGAAUAAUUGUAUUUGAGAUGUUGGAGUAUGCUUGAAGUAUUAGCAACCUUUCCUGUGCAUUACCUUUUGGACUUGGCUUUUGGUUUUAUUUCAAGAGACAAGGUAUCCCACUUUGUAUAUCUUAAAUGGAAAUAGAAAGUCUGAUUGUUAUGUCGCGGCCUCAUGUCUCAGCACUCAGCCUUAUGAAUGUAGGAAACACUUCGUUCUUGGUGAUCUGGUGACAAUGUCCUGCAUUGAGUGCAGGAUUUGUUAAAAAGUUGACGUGAGGGACUCUCUGAGUGUAAGCAAAAUUAUGUAAAGUCAAGCUUCAAAUACGCCAAUGUUUUCCUAGACAGCAUUAUGCAUCAACUAACUUAGGCUAUGUGAGCCUUUUCUUAUACACACAGCACUCAACCUCAACCAUCUUUUUCCUUUUUGUUAAGUAGCUUAAAUCUUGAUGUAUCAGAUUCAACCAGGACAAUGUGUUCUAGACAGCAUUAUGCAUCAACUAACUCAUGCUAUGUGAGCCUUUUCUUAUA